GCCUCCCGUUCAGCCCGCUGUGCGACCGCAACAACACGCUGGUGGCCGAGUCGCAGAUCGGUUUCAUCGAAUUUAUCGUCGAACCGAGCAUGACCGUGUGCGCCGACAUGCUCGAGAUCGUGCUCGCCCCGAUCGCACCGAUCACGUGCAACAGCAACGCCCCGGUGGCGGCCACUGGAGGCGGCAGCACCACCGCCACCACCACGACUAGCGGCAACAAUAAUAAUACCAACAGCAACAACAACAAUAAUGUUAAUAAUAAUACCAACGUCAACAAUAAUAGUAGCAUUAAAAGUACUACCAAUACUCUUAGCGUACCGAGCAACAAUACGAACAACAAUGAAGCAAUAAGUAGUGCGGAUGGUGGCGAGGCCCCGGCCAAGCCAGCGGGUGGCGAAGGAGGUUCCGAAGGAGGCCAGAGCGGUGCCGGUACAUCGGCGACGGCCAAGAACGGGGCGGUGGAUCCGAACGAGAAGCCAAACCGCUUCAAAAUACGCAAACCCUGGGUGGCCUGUCUGGCGGAGAACAAGAAAAUCUGGAAGGAGCAAGCCGUGCGAGAUGCCGAGGCGAGGGCAGCGGCAGCGGCCGCCGAAGCAGCAGCCGCAGCAGCAGCAGCAGCAGCCGAGGCCACAAACGAAUCUACCGAAGAAGGGACGGAAGGGACAGAUGGGACGGCUGCGGAAGCAAACUAAGAUUAGCGACCCACCAUCACCGAGAGCUUUUGGGAACAGCGAGAGUGGAGCGAGGUCAUGCGGAGGGCUGCAACGUGAUUUGAGUCGGAGUCGCUCGGAGAACGGCGAUCGAAGUAGCGACAAAGAAUAUAAAAAGGAACAACCAAGAUGAUAGUAAAAUAAAUUAAACUUUAGCGCAACCCAUUAGAGCCCCCGUAGAAAGAAAAAUAGGAACUAAUCAUUGCUGAUGACAAAGAGAGCAAACAGAAAGAAGCAAGUAGUGAAUACUAAGCAGGAGCGCAGAAAUGGAGUAAAGGGAAGAGAGGGGGAAAAACGAGUAGAGUGUAAAUGUAACUUAGAGAAUCAACUUUACCAAACACAAGUAAAUAGUGAGUACGACCCUGACAACACAAAGAGCGCAACAACUGACAACACAAACGCCGGCAGCAACGCAAACACGCAAUGGAAGAUUGCGAAAAAAAAUCGGGAACACAAUUGGAUGGGCAAUGGAAGUCAAAAGUGGCACCGUACGACAACAUUUAACAGAAAAGCGAAAGAGAGAGGCAAACCGCGACAGGUGAAAGGCAUAGGAAGAGCGGACAAAUAUUUACACAGCAAAUGUCUCUAUUUCUACAACUGUUUACACUGAAAGAGUGAAGAAGCAGCGCGCGCAACCGCUCACUAACCGGCAACCGGCGUGUUUCCUUUACGUUUAUUGUCCCUUAAGUCUCAAACUUGGCCGAAGAACGUGUCUUGGAAAGUUAGUGGACUCGUGAGAAAAGGCAAAUUUUGCCUGACGGCAGGACGGCAAUCAGAGGCGGACACACGGAGAAUUAGCUGAAGCGAGCUGAACCGGCGAAGCUUUGGUUAAUGCGUAGCCCCCAUUUUGAACCAUUUGUUCCGCCAAAUGAAAACAACGCUCUGAUUACAGACAAUCAAUGCUUGUUGCCGUUUGAAGUUUGUGUCACUUCGAUCGCUUUAAUGUGUUACCCGCAAACCUGAACAAGGACAUUGGCGAGUCGGUAGUAGUGAUAGUAGUAGAAGCCAUGCACACCCGUGUUUUGUCGCUCCAAUAAUGCUUUGGCCACACGCAUCACACAGAUCGGUAGCAACGAGAGCACGAGUUGAACGCAUUUUAGAAACGCGUAUUUCGUAUAACGAAACCAAUCCUUCAACAGUAGACAGCAUAGCAUCACUCACUGUGUUAAGGGGGGACACAUCCAUCCACUAGGGAGAGCUGACCCGCGCCACCGUAUAGAUAGCAGCUACUUUUUACUCCGUCUACAGCAAGGAACAGAGAAAAACAAAGCCCAUACCCCGUGGACGAUGCAGCGAGUGUUUUAUUUUUAUACGAAACCUUUUGAAUCGGAACGCGUGUCCCGACGACCCACUCAAACAUUAGGGAACGCACCGUGGGCGAAUUUUCUUCUCCGGCAUCCUCCUCUUCCUAACUCGCUCGCGGGACACGGAACCCUUUUAUAUCCAGAACCUGAACCAGCAAAGCGCGAAGCGGCAUAGCAGCACAUUUUCUAACUAACGCGGCAUUGGUCCGCGAGAAGCAGGAAGCGUACGUUCCUUCCUCGAACUUGAACGGCCUUUGACGAAACACAAACUGUUACACAACUAAUCUUAGCAAAUUGGCACUAUUAACCCAAACAAACAAAUAGUCUUCAAAUAAUUGACCGAUUACGUAGCGAAUUGAACGGACAACUAGAAGAGAAACACUAAACUCUAAUCGUAACACUAGACUCGUUAGCCAGCCAAGCCGAGCCGACGUGGCGUUACUAUGGCCUGUACCCCCGUACCUCGUAGAUUGAGCAAUGAGCACGGAAGAAUGCACAAGUUGUUGAUCCUCUAUCGCAGAACCAGAGUUUAUCCUAUUCGCGGGGCCCGGAUCGGCGAGAAGCGCUCUGCUGGUUCAACGGUCCUCUACUCUCCGCUCCUCUACUCUACCGUUUUUGGACAAAUUGUUGAUGCUAGUAAAUACUGUUUAUAAAAGUUUCGAUAUCUUCAGAGUCACUCUUCGUUUACCAACUCUAUCUCGCGUUCGUUCCUAUAGUUCCUUGAUCUUUGAGAUAACAACUAAGAAACAAAAUUACCCAAAUCCUACACCA